GAGGCGCGCGGGGGAGAGCCGCGCCGCGCCGGACCCUCUUGAGCACGGCCUCGCCGGUUUGGCGGGGUGAAAGGUUGCGAAGAUGGCGACGGCCUUGAGCGAGGAGGAGCUGGACAAUGAAGAUUAUUACUCACUGCUGAACGUGCGCAGGGAGGCCUCUUCUGAAGAGCUGAAGGCUGCCUACCGGAGGCUGUGUAUGCUUUACCAUCCGGACAAGCACAGGGACCCGGAACUCAAAUCACAGGCAGAGCGGCUGUUUAACCUUGUUCACCAGGCUUAUGAAGUGCUUAGCGACCCCCAAACGAGGGCUAUCUAUGACAUUUAUGGGAAGAGAGGACUGGAGAUGGAAGGAUGGGAGGUGGUGGAAAGAAAGAGAACCCCAGCUGAGAUCAGAGAAGAGUUCGAGAGGCUCCAGAGAGAGCGGGAAGAGAGGAGACUGCAGCAGCGAACCAACCCCAAGGGAACCAUCAGCGUUGGAGUAGACGCCACUGACCUUUUUGAUCGCUAUGAUGAGGAAUAUGAAGAUGUGUCCGGAAGUGGCUUUCCGCAGAUUGAGAUUAAUAAAAUGCACAUAUCCCAGUCCAUUGAGGCACCCUUGACAGCCACAGACACAGCCAUCCUCUCUGGAAGUCUCUCCACCCAGAAUGGCAAUGGCGGCGGUUCCAUUAACUUUGCACUCCGGCGAGUCACUUCUGCAAAGGGAUGGGGUGAGUUGGAGUUUGGAGCCGGAGACCUCCAGGGGCCUUUAUUUGGUCUCAAGCUGUUCCGUAAUCUCACACCAAGAUGCUUUGUGACGACAAACUGUGCUCUGCAGUUUUCAUCCCGUGGAAUCCGGCCUGGCCUUACCACUGUCCUAGCUCGGAACCUGGAUAAGAACACUGUGGGCUACCUGCAGUGGCGAUGGGGCAUCCAGUCAGCAAUGAACACAAGCAUCGUCCGGGACACUAAGACCUGCCACUUCACUGUGGCCUUGCAGCUGGGGAUCCCUCACUCCUUUGCACUCAUCAGCUAUCAGCACAAGUUCCAGGACGAUGACCAAACACGUGUGAAAGGGUCCCUCAAGGCAGGCUUCUUUGGGACAAUAGUGGAGUAUGGAGCUGAGAGGAAGAUCUCACGACACAGCGUCUUGGGUGCGGCUGUGAGCAUUGGCGUCCCUCAGGGUGUGUCUCUCAAAGUCAAGCUGAACAGGGCCAGUCAGACCUACUUCUUCCCGAUUCACUUGACGGAUCAGCUGCUCCCCAGUGCUGUGUUCUACGCCACCGUGGGGCCGCUGGUAAUCUACUUGGCAAUGCACCGUUUGAUCAUCAAGCCUUACCUCAGGGCUCAGAAAGAGAGGGAACUGGAAAAGCAAAGGGAGAACACAGCCAGCGACAUCCUGCAGAAGAAGCAAGAGGCAGAAGCCGCUGUUCGGCUGAUGCAGGAGUCUGUCCGGAGAAUAAUCGAAGCAGAGGAGUCCCGAAUGGGGCUUAUCAUCGUGAACGCCUGGUACGGGAAAUUUGUCAAUGACAAGAGCAAGAAGAAGGAAAAGGUGAAGGUGAUCGAUGUGACGGUGCCCCUGCAGUGCCUGGUAAAGGACUCCAAGCUCAUCCUCACUGAGGCCUCCAAGGCUGGGCUGCCAGGGUUCUACGACCCGUGUGUUGGGGAGGAGAAGAGUCUUCGAGUGCUGUACCAGUUCCGAGGCGUGCUUCACCAGGUUUUGGUGCCUGACAGUGAGGCUCUCAGGAUACCGAAGCAAUCUCACAGGAUCGACACAGAUGGGUAAACUACUUGGCGACCUGAGUAAAAAGAGGCUACAAAACCUUUUUCCUGGGAGUCUACAAAUUUGGAAGCAGGGAAAACCCAGAUGUGAGAUGUUUUUAGUUUAUUUCUCGAGAAGGUGGCUCUGUAUCAAUUAUGUGAAGGGACAUGCCGAGCUGCGUGGGCGCUGUGGGUAGGACUGCAGAGCCUCCUUGCCAGGCCACAGCACAGCCAUGUCUAACCCCAAGGAUCAUGUUCCUGGAGGGCAGGGCCUGAGCCAACUCUGAGGUCAUCCACCCCGGUCUUCAUCGUGAGUGGCUGUUUCCAGCAGCCCUCUGGAGUUAUCUGGAACAUUCUGCCCUCACACAUGGGAGCUCUUCCUGACACCCACGCUGCACAUGGGAAACAUGGAAAGGAGGACGGUGUGUCGCGUGCUGCUCAAUAAACUUCCCACAAGCCACCUCUCUCUUCUGAAACGUCACUGAAUGGACUAGAGAGGACUGCGGGUUUAUAAAACUGCUUUUCUUCUGAGACAACGGGUGUGGAAACUAGUCUCUUUCUUCCCACGACCAGAGCUUCUCAAAUCAUUCCUUCAGGCCCUGGCUUGGCACAGAGGGGAAACCCCCGGUCCCAAGGUGCACUGUCCAGGCACACUGCCCACAUUGCUAAGAGAAGACACCCUGAUGCCAGUGGACCCGUCACCCCACCCACAAGACACUGUCCUGCCGUGCCUACACCCACUCCUCUAGAGGAUGGUGUUAGAAGGAGGGGAGCUUUGCAGGGCGUUGGGGCACAAGUUUGCCAAAUCCUGGGUAUGGACCCAAGGCCGGCCCAGGCACCUGCACCUCCAAGGAGUGCCCAGCAGGUGGUGCUGUUGCUCGCCAGGCCAGGCCCUCCCAGGGCACCUCAGGGAGUCGUGGCUCCCAGACCCCUUCCUUGCACACAGGCUCUCUACCCUCUUAAACAGGUGUUGCCACAGUAGUGGCUCUAACCCACAGCAGCAGCUGCUGAAGGCAUUCUCAAGACCCCUCAGUUUUUAAAAAGCAAUUCAAUUCUGUAACGUUUAUCUUUUUUUUUUUUUUUUUUUCCUUACAAGGAUGUUUCUUUGCCCCGCAAGCUGAAAUGCAGUUUGCACUGUUGCAUGAGCCUUGACUCAGUGGCCUGUGGCCCCUGGGCACUGCUGCCCUUUCUGUCUGAAGCUGACUGUGGCAGCACUGCCCAACAAUAAACCUGACCUGAAAGCUGA